GUUAAGCUUUUCCAGUUUUUCUGUAGACUAGGUUGCCAUGGUCGCACAUGGUGGUGCGAAGCACCUCUUUGCUUAAAUAGAUCAAAGUAUCCAGUUGAUUUUGUUCAAAUUAUACUUGGCAGAUAUUAAUAAAGUUGUUAAUUUCAGAUUGAAGUGACUUAUAGUUGUUGUGGGAAUGAGAUGCUUGUUUUGUAAAAAGUAGAUUUUAGUUCACGUGGACUUCUCUAGUCUAGAAAAAGAACAAGGGAUUAGCCAUGCGAGUGGUUGCUCUGGUAAGUGGUGGGAAGGACAGUACCUACUCUAUUGUAGAGUGCAUCUCCCUUGGCCAUGAAGUGGUAUGUCUCGCUAACUUGGCUCCUACUCCAGGUUUGGAUGAGCUGGACAGUUUCAUGUUCCAGACUGUGGGCCACCAUGCAGUGGAUACUCUGGCAGAGGCCAUGCAGCUGCCCCUUCUCAGAAACACUAUCUCCAGAAAAUGCACUGUUGGCGACUUGAUUUAUGACCCCCGGCCAACAGACGAAGUGGAAGAUAUGUUCGACGUCAUUUCGCUCGCAAAAGAAAAGUUCAAAGUAGAUGCAGUAUGCAGUGGAGCUAUUGCUUCAACCUAUCAGCGAACGAGAGUCGAAAGUGUCUGUGCCAGACUAGGCCUGGUCUCUCUGGCAUAUCUAUGGAAGAGAGACCAAGUGGAAUUGUUGCAUGAAAUGCCACAUCGAGGACUAGACGCUAUGUUGAUAAAGAUUUCUGGAAUCGGACUGACGGUUGAAAAUCAUUUGGGAAAGACACUGCAAAGCAUAUCAGCUGAUUUACUGAAGUUUCACAAAUCUUUCGGCAUCAAUCCGUGUGGAGAAGGCGGAGAAUAUGAGACGUUCACGUUGGAUGCCACUUGCUUCAAAAAGAAAAUCACUAUCGACGAACAAAGUGUGAUCGAAGUUGAUCGUAACGAUGUAUGUCCAGUUGCAUAUAUCAAUAUUCUGAAGUCGCAUUGCGAGGAGAAAUCUUCAAUUUCAUCGAUUGAGCCAUUAGAUCGCUUGUAUUUGUAUGAAAUGCCAGAGUUGAAUGACCUCAUCUUAGUACCGUGUUUUGCCGGGGAUAAUUCUGGUGCCAAAUUUAAGUUGGAAUCUCCAUUGUUUAAACAGUCAGCUAGAUUGGGAAAUAUGUGCUUCAGUGCAAUUUCAACUCGGGUUGACCCUGAAAAUAUCCAGACGUCUCUGAACAUCUUUGACGAUAUGCUCAGUGAGGCAGACAACUCGCUCAGAGAUGUUGGAUCCAGACUUGACAACAGCUUCUGUGUCUACCUUUACAUUCCCAGAAUGACUCAGUUUGCGGAACUGAACAAAAUCUACCAGAAGCACUUCGCUAAAUGUCUUUGUCCUCCGGCUAGAUCAUGUGUGGAGUCAUCAUCCAAAGAUUUGAUUAGUGUGUACAUUGUAUCAAAGUGGACUGCAUGUUUGAGUGACGAUAGAAGAUUGUAUGUUAGAAGUAUUUCUCAUUGGGCGCCGGCUAAUAUUGGGCCUUACAGUCAGUAUGUGAGUUUUGAGGGAGUCACAUUUGUGUCUGGACAGAUUCCAAUGGUUCCAGCUACUCUAAAUGUAUUGCAUUCCGCGAAAUUCGCUGACCACGCAAUUUUGGCUUUAAAUCACGCUAAGUCCGUCUUGAAAGAACUAAAACAGUCCUUCACUUUUAUUCCUCGUCAUCUGGAAGACCCAGAAACAGGUGAAGAUAUCAAGGAAUGUGACCUCUACUGUGUCUGCUACGUUACCAGCGAGAAGUUCUUCAGAACUGUGCGAGAAAUCUGGGAACAUCUGAAAUUACCCAACCAGAAUUUGAUUAUUGUCCAAAUCCCAGUGUUGCCGAAAAAUGCCAGCGUGGAAUGGGAGUUUGUUCACAUUGACCAUGAGCUAAACUCGAAUGUCGUUAUUAAAGUCGAUACUUUUGACAAUGUCAAUAAGUUUUUAGAAAAUUUUGAAGCACCGGGAUCUGAAUUGAAACCCUGUAGGGUAUUCAUGGACGCGGAGACCCUAAGUGGAUUGAUCGAUAAUGAAACUCUAGAAACAAUGUUGAAGAGGAGCUCAGUUUGUUUGAUUCCAGUUGCUAAGGUUUACAACGGAUCCAUUGCUGUUUGUGGUUUUGCUCAAAUUUGAUUUGAUUGUACUGUAGAUUAUGAACUUGAAAUUAAGUACUUAAAUUGAUAUAAAUAUCCGAGGGAUACUUAACUAAGAUAGUAAAAAUUGUUUUUAUCGGAUUUAUUUAUGUAAAACACAAAAAGUGAACAUAUCAUGACAAAUCUUAUUACAGCCUUUUCCGUCGUGACUCCAAAAAGUUGUCCCAGUGUCGAGAAAAACUGGUUAAAAAUUUGAGUUAAGUUCAAU